AUGGAGCCUCGAAACGAUUCAACGACGACUCAGACCUACUACCAAAAACCUCGAUUUAGCUCUGCCGAAAGUCGAACAUCCUCCCCAGCGCGGUCGCAGGACACAACUGUUUUCGGCGAUUACAAUGUUCACGAUAGCCCUCGAUCGCGAUCUUUCCCGGCGGGGAAUGACCAUCAUGAUCUAAAUACCAAACCGAAAUCUCCUUCCAAAUGUGGAGGCUGGACUUCACUGGAAGAUACAUGGAUUCUCGAGUGCUUCGCCUUGGGGUUCAGCUUCGCAUCGUUCAUUGCAGUCAUCAUUAUUCUCAAAGCUUACGACCAGAAGCCGUCCCCUCAUCUAUCCUACGGGCUGACACUCAACACGAUCAUUUCUUUACUGGCCACAUCAUCCCGAUCCUCGUUACUUUUCGUGGUAGCCGGAGCGAUAGGUCAAUUGAAAUGGGUCUGGUUUGGGCGUCGGGAACAGCCUAUUUUAGACAUGCAGUCUUUCGACGAUGCAAGCCGAGGGCCACUCGGCGCUAUGUAUCUUCUCUUCCAGCACCGCGGGCUCUCAAUUGCCUCCCUUGGGGCUAUUGUUACCAUAUUGUCGAUGGCUUUAGACCCAUUUGUGCAGCAGAUUCUGAGCUACCCGGUUCAACAAACUCCAGGUAGCACAACACAGGCUUGGAUGCCCCAAGCGUUAACCUUUGCGCCAAAUGCGAACUUCACUGCCUAUACGCAGUACUACAACGCUGCUCUUUGGAACUCGGAUUUUGCAGUGAAUCCCACUUGCCCGUCUGGAAACUGUACUUGGCCAGAAUUUCAGUCCCUGGGCUUUUGCAGUAAAUGUCAGGAUGUAACCAACUCAUCUACUAUCUUGAAAUGUGACAAAUGGACGCAACCUGAUGGUGACGAUGAUGUUGCUGUUGAUUACGCCGAAAUGUACUACUGCCAGGUGAAUAUCGGCCACGGGUCAAAGGGCAUCAUUAAGCUUGAACAUUACUCUAAAAAAGGUGUCAUAUUACUCCCCACUGGUCUCAUAUGGAAGCUUCAAGGUGGUUCUGAAAAACUAAAUUCCUUCCUGGGGGUUCCUUGGCCGAUGUAUGCCUUCGCGCAUGCCCAACUUGACGUCGAAUCUGCCAAUGCAAACAUCACGGAGUUGGUGCGCAAUAUUCGCCUUAAAAGCGUCCAAGCAUGCGCUCUUUCCUUCUGCCUGAGGACAUAUAAUGUUUCUGUAUCUUCUGGCACGCCGCAGGUCAAUGUCACAGCAGUUGACUUCGGGCAGCGGUUUGGCAGUAACAUUUCCGACAAUCCGCCGGAUAUCGGGUAUGAUGAUAUUGAUUGCUGGGGACCGACUAAUCGGUCCGCUCCGUUGAAUCUUGUGAGGUUUCUCACGGGGAACUGGGGCGAUACUGAGCAAUUCGUCUUUUGCCUCCGAACAAUAAUUAUCAAUUCAGGAUACUAUCCUGGCAGUGGCUUUGGAGCCCUCAAUAAUUUGUAUGGGAAUAGCCCAUUUUUGGGAUACUCAUGGACAUGGUAUGGCUUCGACAACACUACCUUGUCUUGGUUCCACAACCCCACUUACAACGUGGGAAAUACCGCUCAAUUCCCGGCUGCAUUUGACAGAGUCAUCAACUACGGCCUUGGUCCGUUGAUGUCUGACACGGCUGCGGCUCUCACGAAAUACACUCUGCAAACCAGCACCACGAGCGCUGACGGCACAGCCAUGAUAUCCCAAGCAUUCGUCAGGGUAUCCUGGCAAUGGCUGACUUUUCCGUCUGUGCUUCUUGUUGCCGGUUUUGUCUUCUGGAUCACGACAAUGAUGAAGAACCGACAACACCGACUCGGCUUGUGGAAGUCAUCCAUCUUACCUAUGCUCUAUUGUGGCGCUGAAAAGAUUGACCCGAGGCUCGAGCGUCCUGGCUCUUCAGCCGAGUACACUACAAUCAGCCAGAUGAGCCAGUCGGCACAAGUUACUCGGGUAAAAAUGGAAGAUAUCAUAGAUGGUCGACUACGGCUCGGUCGGAACAAGUGGAGUGAGCCACCUGUAUUUUAG